AGCAGCAGGCCGUGGCCGAGGGGCUGCGGAGGCCGCCGGGCCCGCGGGGCUAUCCCAUCCUGGGGAACGUGCUGGAGCUGCGCAAGGACACGCACCUGGCGCUGACGCGGCUGAGCCGGCGCUACGGGGAUGUGAUGGAGGUGCGCAUCGGCACCAGGCCCGUGCUGGUGCUCGGCGGGCUCGACACCAUCAGGCAAGCCCUGGUCAAGCAAGGAGAGGACUUCAUGGGGCGCCCCGACCUCUACAGCUUCCGCUUUGUCACGGACGGGCAGAGCCUGACGUUCAGCCCCGACUCCGGGGAGGUGUGGAAAGCGCGCAGGAAGCUGGCCCAGAGCGCCCUGAAGAGCUUCUCCAUCGCCCCCAGCCCCACGUCGUCCUGCAGCUGCCUGCUGGAGGAGCACGUUUCCAAGGAGGCCGAGUACCUGGUCACCAAAUUCCUGCAGCUGAUGGAGGAGGAGAAGAGGUUUGAGCCCUACCGGUACCUGGUGGUGUCGGUGACCAACGUCAUCUGUGCCAUGUGCUUCGGCAAGCGCUACGAGCACGAGGACCAGGAGCUGCUCAGCCUGGUGAAUUCUACCGAGAAGUUCACCAAUGUGGCUGCUGCCGGCAACCCAGCCGACUUCAUCCCCGUGCUCCGGUACCUCCCCAGCCGCAGCAUGAAAAUGUUUCUAGAUUUCAACAGGUACUUACUCAGCUUUCUGCAGAAGAGGGUCAAGGAGCACUAUGAGAGCUACGAUGAGAACAACAUCCGGGACAUCACGGACUCCCUCAUCGAGCAGUGCCUGGACAGAAAACUGGCAGCAAGCACAGCCACGCAGGUCCCCAAGGAGAAGAUCGUCAACCUCGUCAACGACCUCUUUGGAGCGGGCUUCGACACCGUGACCACAGCCCUGUCCUGGAGCCUCAUGUACCUUGUGACGUACCCCGAAAUCCAGAGGAAGAUCCAGGAAGAGCUCGACCGGACCAUUGGGCGGGAGAGGCGGCCGCGGCUGUCGGACCGGGGCACGCUGCCCUACACGGAAGCUUUUAUCCUGGAGAUGUUCAGGCAUUCCUCCUUCCUGCCCUUCACCAUCCCACACAGCACCACCAAGGACACGGUGUUGAACGGCUACUACAUCCCAAAGGGUCGCUGCGUGUUCAUCAACCAGUGGCAAACGAACCAUGAUGAGAAGCUUUGGAAGGACCCAGAAACCUUCAGGCCCGAGCGUUUCCUCAGUGCUGAUGGGACCAAAUUGAACAAGGAGGAGGCGGAGCAGGUGUUGGUGUUUGGCCUGGGGAAGAGGAGGUGCAUCGGAGAGAACAUUGCCCGGUGGCAGGUGUUCCUCUUCCUGGCCACGCUGCUCCAGCAGCUGGAGUUCAGCGUCUGCAAGGGCAGCAGGGUGGACAUGACCCCUCUCUACGGACUGUCCCUGAAGCACAAGAGGUGUGAGCACUUCCAGGUCAGGCAGCGCUUCCCCGUGAAGGACAGGAGCUGAGCGGCGACACCUCCAGAGUGUCCUUGCAGCAGGGCUGGCUCUGGAAGAACUCUGUGGGGUGAUGGGAUAAACUGAAACCAUUUGGGCUCUUGUUUUAUCUGCUUUGUUCUGUAGCAAUCGUUGCCUGCUUUGUUUCCUGGUGUUUCUAGUGUUGGGUAUUCCAUUAAAAGCUGUCUAUUCCACCACA